AUUUACGACUGUCGCAGUUGGCCUUAAUCUUCUAUACAAGUGCCCAUCUCAACCACGAUCAUGCUAUUACCCAGAGCUUUACGGCGGGUCGCGGCCCCUUCAGCAUUCUUAUCAGCACCUCUGAAACGGUUCAACCUACCCGUACGCACACAAUGGCUCUCAAUAUCAGCUUCUUCGUCCGGCGAACCGUCGAUCCCCUCCGAGCCUAUUCACCCCGAACUAAAGAAUCCUGUCUCCUCUACUACACAAGCAGAACAAGCAGAACAAACAGAACAGACAGAACAGACAGAACAGACAGAGCCAAAGAAGCCAGCGAAAUUACCGUACUUCGUCGCCAGGAACAACAUGAAUAAUCUUGGCGUGUAUCAUAGGGCGAAGCGGGGUGGAAAUCUGAAGCUCACGUUGGUAAAGAAUGGAGAAGGAGAUUUAAAGGCUUUGAAAAAUGACAUCAAGGAGGCACUGCAGCUCAAAGAUAGUGAGAUAUCUCUCAAUAGUGUGACCGGGCACAUUGUCAUAAGGGUAGGUUUAUAUUCUUCAAAGCUAAUCGUCUCUUACUGAUAGCCACCACUAGGGCCAUAUGAAGUUGCAGGUUU